ACCCGGUUCUCCCCCGUGCGAGUCGGACCCAAAGCGCUGUCCAGCUGGAAUGAAUAUAUCUGAGUCAAACUACUGCCGAGAGGAGAUACCGCAACCGCGGGGCGACUGUUCCUGGGCGAGCGCCGCCGAGGCCGGGCUCGCCUUCGCGCGGCCGCCGCGCGCCGCCUCCCCGGCCAGCCGCACGCCCAGCCCCGAGCCCGGCUUCGCCUUCGGUGCCGGCGGCGGCGGAGCGGCCCCCGGCGCGGCCCCCAGCCGCUCGCCCAGCCCCGAGGCGGGCUAUGGAUACAGCCCCCCGGGCGGGCGCGCCGAGGGCAAGGCGGGCGAGGACUCGCGCAUCCGCCGGCCCAUGAACGCCUUCAUGGUGUGGGCCAAGGACGAGCGCAAGCGGCUGGCGCAGCAGAACCCCGACCUGCACAACGCCGUGCUCAGCAAGAUGCUGGGCCAGUCGUGGAAAGCGCUGAGCGCCAGCGACAAGCGGCCCUUUGUGGAAGAGGCCGAGAGGCUGCGCAUCCAGCACCUCCAGGAUCACCCCAACUACAAGUACCGCCCGAGGAGAAAGAAGCAAGCCAAGAAAAUCAAGAGGAUGGAACCCAACAUCCUCCUCCAUAACCUUUCCCAGCCUUGCAGCGACAACUUCAGCAUGAGUCACCACGGCGGCAGCCAGCCGGGCCACCCCCAGCCUCCCCCACUUAACCACUUCAGAGAACUCCACUCCAUGGGGUCGGAUAUUGAAAACUAUGGCUUGCCAACUCCCGAGAUGUCGCCCUUGGAUGUCUUGGAACAGACGGAGCCGGCGUUUUUCCCUCCGCACAUGCAGGAUGACUGCAACAUGAUGCCCUUUCGCGGCUACCACCACCACCACCAGCUGGAGUUCCCGCAGGAGAAGUGCCUGGGCCGGGACGUGCCGGUGCCCUACGCGCAGACCCCCUCGCACUUGGCCGAUGCCAUGAGGACUCCGCACCCGUCCAGCAUUUACUACAACCAGAUGUGCCCGGGGGCGCAGGGCGGCCUCUCGGCCCACCUGGGCCAGCUCUCGCCGCCCCCCGAGGGCCACCACCUGGAGAGCGUGGACCACUUGAACCAAAGCGAGCUCUGGACAGACGUCGACCGCAACGAGUUCGACCAGUAUUUGAACAUGAGCAGGACUCGGCCGGAGAGCUCGGCGCUCCCUUACCAUGUGUCCCUGUCCAAAGUGACUCCCAGGAGCAUCUCCUGCGAGGAGAGCAGCUUGAUAUCCGCCCUGUCCGAUGCCAGCAGCGCUGUCUACUACAGCCCCUGCAUCACCGGCUAGCUCGGCCCGCGCUGCCGAGCAGCCGGAGCGCCCGCCCGUAACCACAAGCUCCAUAAUAUUUAGAGUAUCUCAUUAAAUGCAUCGCUUCUUCUUCUUUAUUUUUUAUUUUCCUUAAGAAAACCCCUCCAUGCUGAAGUCACUGAUAUACCGUAUAUCUAUAUAUCACACCCGGCCCGCGCCCCGUGCGCCGCGCACGGCUCCCCGCUGGAGCUGCAGCUCCAGGCGAGGCUGCUCAACCACCUCGGGAACACAAAAGGGAUUUUUUUUAUUUUCCUUUCAACCAAAUUACAGCAAUUGCU